GAACUGAAAUCAGAUUUGGUUCUAAAAAUUCUUCAACUAUAUGUAUGGCAUGCAGUUCAAUAUGUAAUCAUGACAUUUGUAAUAGACAUUCUGAUUCUGGCAUUCUGCCCUUCACUUCAAAAACUAUGGUAAGACCAUUGUAAGAGACUCACCACCACCCCCCCACCCCCAACCCGCCUUAGUCUUUUUGCAAUCAUUGUUCGACAUAGUAAUUUCAAAUUCGGAGAUUGGCAUUUUUGUUACUCCCCGCCCACACACACACUCCACUUUUCACGUUAAUGCAAGAGUUAAAGAAAAACAAAACUAGUUUUACUGGGUGAAGCGGGGCAAGGGAGAUAGGAAGGAAGGGGGAGAAGAAGGAAGAGAAGGAUGGAGGAAGGAAGGGACGGAAGACGGGAAUGAAAUGAAGGAGAGAUGCUGUCCUUUUUCCAGUUUGUUUUCAGAGGUUUCCUGCCCGCCUCUCCAGGCACACAGCCAAGGUAGCAUCUUCUCCUGGCUCGGCCACCGGCCUGGCCCCCUAGCGUCGGAGCCGGGCAGCCUGCCGCUGGUGCUUAUCUCUUUAAAUGACAGCUGUGGCUCGGGUCCCAAUUCUGGUCUUGACGUCAGUGCCGCCUCCCCGGCUGCUAGGAGUAGUUAGCGCCACCGUCCGCGCUCGGGACUCGCUGCGCGCUCACAAGCUGCUGGGGCGGCGAGUUUUCUGUUCUCCGAUCCCUCCUUCUACCCUCCCCACGGGGAGCCGAGCGGCAGCCUAAGAGCCUCUUGCAAGUCUCUCUCUCACACUUCCCCGCUGUCGCCCCAAAGGAGCAGACACUCCUCUUAGCUCUUCCACCGCCGCUGCUCCCGCUGAGCUCAUCUCCCGCGCUUCGCUCCCCUGAUGGAGCCCGGGUGCCUCCGCAGCUGCCCGGAGCCUUGAACCGGGCAGCGCAGGCCGGAGGAACGUGCCGCCCGGCCCGAGGGCACACCAGGCGCACGCCAAGCCCGGGGCGCCAGGGGUGCAGGGCGUAGGCUUCUGGGAGGAGAAAGUGCCACUCUCCCGGUUCAGUCAACCAGCGGCGGGGUGGGACCAUGGCUUUGAAGGACACGGGCAGCGUCGGCAGCACCAUCCUACCCAUUAGCGAGAUGGUUUCCUCGUCCAGCUCGCCAGGCGCGUCUGCAGCCGCCGCCCCAGGGCCCUGCGCGCCCUCGCCUUUCCCCGAGGUGGUGGAACUGAACGUGGGAGGCCAGGUCUAUGUGACCAAGCACUCGACGCUGCUCAGCGUCCCGGACAGCACUCUUGCCAGCAUGUUCUCUCCAUCCAGCCCCCGGGGAGGCGUCCGACGCCGGGGCGAGCUGCCCAGGGACAGCCGGGCGCGCUUCUUCAUUGACCGAGACGGCUUCCUCUUCAGGUACGUGCUGGAUUUUCUGCGGGACAAGCAGCUUGCGCUCCCGGAGCACUUCCCCGAGAAGGAGCGGCUCCUGCGCGAGGCCGAGUACUUCCAGCUCGCCGACCUGGUCAAGCUGCUGUCGCCCAAGGUCACCAAGCAGAACUCGCUCAACGACGAGGGCUGCCAGAGCGACCUGGAGGACAACGUCUCGCAGGGCAGCAGCGAUGCGCUCUUGAUACGUGGGGCGGCGGCCGCCGCGCCCUCGGGCCCCGGAGCGCACAGCAUCGGUGGCGGAGGCGCGCCUGACAAGCGCUCCGGCUUCCUCACGCUCGGCUACCGCGGCUCCUACACCACCGUGCGCGACAACCAGGCGGACGCCAAGUUCCGGCGAGUGGCGCGCAUCAUGGUGUGCGGACGCAUAGCGCUGGCCAAGGAGGUCUUUGGUGACACGCUCAAUGAGAGCCGCGACCCUGACCGGCCACCGGAGAAAUACACGUCCCGCUUCUACCUCAAGUUCACCUACUUAGAGCAGGCGUUCGAUCGCCUGUCCGAGGCCGGCUUUCACAUGGUGGCGUGUAACUCCUCUGGCACCGCCGCCUUCGUCAACCAGUACCGCGACGACAAGAUCUGGAGCAGCUACACCGAGUACAUCUUCUUUCGACCACCUCAUAAAAUGGUGUCACCUAAACAAGAACAUGAAGAUAGAAAACAUGACAAAGUCACAGAUAAAGGAAGUGAAAGCGGGACUUCCUGCAAUGAGCUCUCCACCUCCAGUUGUGACAGCCACUCAGAGGCGAGCACUCCCCAAGAUAACCCACCCAAUACCCAGCAGGCAACAGCUCACCAACCUAACACCUUAACAUUGGAUCGCCCUUCAAAAAAAGCACCUGUGCAAUGGAUGCCCCCACCAGACAAACGCAGAAACAGUGAACUUUUUCAGACACUCAUCAGCAAGUCCCGGGAAACAAAUCUUUCCAAAAAGAAAGUCUGUGAGAAGCUUAGUGUGGAAGAAGAAAUGAAAAAGUGUAUUCAGGAUUUUAAGAAAAUCCACAUUCCAGAUUAUUUUCCAGAGCGCAAACGCCAGUGGCAAUCUGAACUGUUACAGAAGUAUGGCUUAUAGUAAUUAUCACAUUCCUGAAGUAUUUCAAUGACAUUCAAUGUUUACUACAGUGCCACCACCUGACUGUGUCCUAACAAUGGUCAGUGUGAUUCUUGCUGCUCUUCUUUUUUGUGAACAGUGGAUGUGGGACAGUAUUUUCUUUCAUUCUUUUUUGUUGUUGUUUUUAGAAAUAUAAAAGGAAAAAAAGAAAACCAAUAAAGUUGGAUCAAAAUGGUAUAUCUGAUUCAAACCAUUCUGCAAGAAUGAAAGUAAAAUAUGCAUGGCAAGAAGCUUAGAAUCUUGACUUUUGAACUGUGGUCAACUGGAUAUGUUUGUCAUUUUGUAACUCACCAAAAAGAAAUCAUAUCACUCCAACUAAAAUGAAAAUAUGGAUGAAGUAACAUCAAGUACAAUGUUAGAUGAUGGUUUUGGGACUCAAAUCCAAAACCGUUUAAAUGUUAAUGCAAUAAAACAAGUAUUAUUUUUGCAUGAGCACAAUGUUACAAAUAAAUCACAAGACAUAGGGAAGAUCUGUUUGUCGCUUGGAAAGAAAAAAAAAUACAAAAAAUAAAACAAAACAAAAAAAGAAGUGUUUCAGGCAAAGCCUGUAAAUGUAAACUGUCUAGGAGAUUGAAUUUUAUUUGUUCUGGAUCUGUGAUUUUUUUGUGUAGGUGUAUGGUGUUCUGUAUGUUAAGAUGAUGUAAAUAUGCCUUAUACUGUUGUUUUAUGGCACUGACAUUCAUCUAUUAAUACUAGUCAUAAUUAUUUCUGUGAAAUGAGUCCUUAUAUCAGGCUGUGAAAAUUGGUAUGAUGAUGUUCUGAAAGCUCCUAUUAUCAUGUUAAUCAAAAUAAUUGAGGGAAAUGGCAAAGAGCUCUAUGUAUUUAUUUAAAAAGUACAAUAUAUUAGAAUUCCUUGAUUUCUUUUGACUUUUCUUUAAAAAUACUCAAUUUUUACAUUGUCUUAAAUUUUCAUUUAAAACCCCAAGCUGGAGAAUGAAUGAUAUGUUCCACCUUAAUGUUCACAAGUCAGUUUUAAUAUAAUCCAAAAUGUAGAUAGAGUAGGAUCGAGAUAGCCUCAGUAUUGAUUAAUAAACCUUUAGCCCACAAGAGAAAAGACCUCAUCUGAAAAUGCACUAAAAUUUUAUUUUAGCUGACAAGAUUGAAAGCCUCUCCAAAGACAACUGGGAAUUUACCUCUUACAAAUUAAGAGACAAAAAUGUCAAUAGCAAGCUAAAAGGUCAGGCUGAAUGACAAGAUUUGUUCCUGGUUGCAUAUGUGGAAACAAGCUUUCUUAUCAUAAGCCAUGAAAUUUUUUCUUUACCAUCCCUACAGAAAGAAGCACAUAAUAUCAUGAAAUUUUAUUAAAGAAUAGGCUCAGAGAUGGUAAUAAUAUCUUCAAGAAUUAGAGAGCUCAAGCUUCUCUGUGGUGAAUUGAAAAAGAAGUUCAGCAGCAAUGUGGACACUAUAUGGAGAUAAAUAAUAACUCAAAAUUUUAAAACCUACAUUCAUUUUUUUGAUAUUUUCAAAUUUGUCACUCUACUAGUAUACAAAAUACCAUCAGCAAUGGUAUUAAAAAAGAAAGAAAGAAAGAAAAGAAAAGAGAUAUAUGAUUUACCUUGUAUUACCAAUCAGGCUUUAGAGACAAAGUUACUCUGAAAACCUGAGUUUUAUGUUGGGAAGAUUGGCAGUCUCAAUGUAGCUGUAGUACACUCAAAUGGAUAGAGAUUGGUGGUUUAGGUUGCCACAGUUCAAAUACCAUCCCUGCCACUUACUAACUGUGAAAUCUUAGGGAUAUAAGGAUAAUAAUAAUAUCAUAGAGAAGAUUUAAAUGAGGUAGUUGAAGUAAAGUAUCACCACCACUCCUGGAGAUGGAGGGUCAAAAGAAGCCAGUGGUCUUACCAGAAUCUAGGAAACAGGGCUAUCAGAUGGGGAAUGUGGAAUAGAGAGGAAUAAGCUCCCCAGUAAGAACUACAGCCACUAAGGAGUCACAGUCACUUCCACAGUGCCUUCCAAAGCAAAGAGAGAGGGUAGAAAUUGUCAUAGCUUCCCACAUUCUAAUUUCUCACCAAUGUUUUCCAAUGUCCCAAUAUCAGUGGAAGCCUGUUGGCAAAUGAGUGUAGGACAUGUAAUUUAUAAAGAUGAUCCCCUUGAGAUACAAAGUCCAUCAGUGAAUAGUAGUAAAUAGAACUGAAAAAUACCUCAUACCCUGCUCUGUUUUUUCAGAAUUCAUAAUUUCAAAUAGAAUAAAAAUGGCAAGGAUUUGGUAAAUGACGACUAUUUCAGAUUUUCAUAUUUCUACACCCUAAGUGAAGUGAUACUAAUAAGAAUGUGCAUCCUUACAGUCCUUAGUAAAUUAGAAUGCAUUUCAAUAAUAGUCUAUUAAACACUUAGCAUACAUCAAGCACUUGACUCAAAGAUUAACAAAAUAUUCAAGAAAUGCAAAUUACCAGCUAUUGCUCUUGGAAAGAAGCUCAUGGUCUGAUUUUCUCAAACUGGCUAGAACUCAAACUCACCAGUAGCUAGAACUUGACUGGCUCCAAAUGGAGUUAUGAGGGGAUCAAAGGAACCAGCUAAAAGGGGGACCUUCCCUGAAGAAAAGGAGACUCCAAAAUUUAAAGAAAAGUUGGGCUCAAACUGAUGUGUAAGCUCAUUUUCCAAAGAAUCAAGAUAAAAGACAGAGGGUCACCAAAAGUCAAAAGAGCUGGAAGCAGGCACUGAAGUUGAGUAUUUAUGGAGAAUAAAUGUGUUUUGGAUCUCA